AGGGAAAGGUGGAGCAGUUAUGAAGGAGCUACGCUGUCCUGGCUUGAAGUGGAAUGAAUUUGCCAUUGCCAGUGUGUGUAUCUCAGUCCUGAUGCCGGCAGCAGACAGUCACAGGAAGCCAUGGAGAACCCUACAGGUCCUGAAAAUCCCAAAAACGUACAACUUAAAUUCUCCUUGGGCAGACAAAUAUUCGUCUACUGCUUUGCUGUAGUACUUCUUGCUGUUAUCACUACAGCAUAUGUGGUGGAAUACCAGCUAGUCCAGGACCACACCCUAUUAAUCUCUAUUGGGCUUUAUGGAGUGUUGAUGGUACUCCACCUUCUUCUCCAGAGUUUUUUUGCCACUCUGGAAUUAUGGAAAAUAAAGAGAAGUAACCGGGAAUGCAGCUUUCAGAAGACCGUGGCCCUAACCAUUGCUGGCUAUCAGGAGGACCCAGAGUACCUGAGACAAUGUCUAGAAUCCUGUAGGUAUGUCAAAUAUCCAAAGGACAAACUAAAGAUCAUCUUUGUCAUAGAUGGGAACUCAGAAGAUGAUGCAUACAUGAUGGAAAUGUUCAAGGAUGUCUUCCAUGGAGAAGAUGUUGGAACCUAUGUCUGGGAAAGGAAUUAUCACACAGCUACACAGCCACAGGAACCCGGGCAAGAAACAGAACUUCUGAAGGAGGACCCUGGGGGGAAAAUGGUGGAAGAGCUGGUCCAGACAAAACGCUGUGUGUGCAUCAUGCAGCAGUGGGGUGGAAAAAGAGAGGUGAUGUACACUGCUUUCAGAGCGCUUGGGGACACUGUGGACUAUAUUCAGGUUUGCGAUUCUGACACAAAGAUGGAUGAAUUGGCCACUGUUGAAAUGGUAAAGGUCCUGGAGUCCAAUGAGCUGUAUGGGGCUGUGGGAGGAGAUGUCAGGAUUCUAAAUCCCUAUGAUUCCUUUAUCAGCUUCAUGAGCAAUCUGAGAUACUGGAUGGCAUUUAAUGUUGAAAGAGCCUCACAAUCGUAUUUUGACUGUGUAUCCUGCAUCAGUGGGCCUCUAGGUAUGUAUCGGAAUGACUUGCUUCAAACCUUUUUGGAUGCCUGGCACAGUCAGAAGUUUCUGGGAACCUACUGCACACUGGGUGAUGAUAGACAUUUAACUAACAGGAUGCUCAGUCUGGGAUAUGGCACAAAGUAUACACCCAAAUCUCGAGCAUUCUCUGAGAGCCCUUCUCAGUUCUUAAGGUGGUUGAAUCAGCAGACCCGCUGGACCAAGUCUUAUUUUCGGGAAUGGCUAUAUAACGCUAAGUGGUGGCACAAGCAUAGCCUGUGGAUGACCUAUGAAUCGGUGGUAACUGGCGUUUUCCCUUUCUUUGUCACUGUAACUAUCAUCCGACUCUUCUAUGCUGGAAGCUUGUGGAAUAUUGUGUGGCUCCUUCUCUGCAUCCAGUUCAUAGCAGUCUGCAAAUCCCUAUAUGCCUGCUGGCUCCGUGGAAAUAUGAUCAUGAUUCUUAUGUCUCUUUACUCCAUGCUUUACUUGUGUGGCCUUCUCCCUAGCAAAUAUUUUGCCAUUGUGACCAUGAACAAGUCCAGCUGGGGAACAUCUGGGCGUAAGAAGAUUGUUGGUAAUUACAUUCCUCUCCUACCUCUGUCAAUAUGGGCACUCAUUCUGCUUGGUGGAGUCUCCUUAAGUGUUUAUAGAGACUCUGUUAAGGACUGGAACACCCCACAGCAGCAAGAAGAGAUGUUUUACCUAAUGUAUGGUGCACUGAUAUAUGCAAGCUACUGGGCUCUCAUGGCUCUAAUUUAUUGGGUCUGGGUCAAACGGUGCUGCAGAAAGAGGUCUCAGAAAGUUACACUCAUUUAUGAUAUACCUGACCCAAUGCACAUGCCUGACCAAAUGCACACCCAGGAGACCGUAUAGGGAUGUCUUGUAUAUUAACAGUGGUAACUUCUCAUAUUGAGAGUCACUCAAGGGUUUUUUAACGCAUUUUAGAAUUUGUUUUAUUUUUAAGGUGUACAAUGUUGGAUGUCCUAAAACAUCCAAAUAAGCAAACACUCCCUGUGUAAUUAUUGUAACCUAGUUUUAUGUGACCAAAAAUUUCAGGCUCAGUCAUAGUUUUGAGCGUGGUAUAUUUUAUUGCUUCUUGUAAAUAUAUGUAUUUUGUAUUGUCCGUUUUCAGGGCUAUUGUAUUGCUUGUCAUUGUGCAAUAUUGUCUAAUUUGCAAAGCAUUAAAGUCCUUUAUAACAUCAA